CCAAUGAGAUGUCAUGAGUAAGGUGGUAUCAAACAUCUCGUCCAAUAAAAGGCCUUCAAAUUCGCUCGUUACUUCUGGAGACAGUAAAUGCGAAUGGUGUCCCUGUCAAUGGUGAACUGCAUCUGCAAGAACGCUGCAAGUAAGAUAGUGACCGACAUAGCCUAGUUGUUGUUUACAGUUUAUUUAUAUUUGGUCUCAUCCGUAUCUGCGGGUAUUCAGUCCGCAUUUUGAUCAUCUUUGCACAUUCACGACGAGAAUGACUGAGACUGAGUCAGAGAACCCAGGAGCGAGACAGAGGAAAGGAGAUGCCCCCUCAGAAAAUCUGAAAACGAGGGACGAUGCUUUUGACGACACUUACAAAGAAAAGGAAGGCCCUAAACCCCCGACGACAAUCGUUUGGAAAAAUGUCAUAUUAAUGACUUUGUUGCACGUAGGUGCUCUUUAUGGGGGUUUCCUUAUUCCAUCAGCAUCGCCUUUGACCUUGGUUUGGUCUUUCUUUUGCUUUAUAGUUAGUGCUUUAGGAGUAACUGCAGGUGCUCAUCGACUAUGGAGUCACAGGUCCUACAAGGCUUCACUACCUUUAAAAAUCUUCCUUGCCACUGCUAACUCAAUGUCCUUUCAAAAUGAUAUUUAUGAGUGGGCUCGAGACCAUAGAGUUCACCACAAAUAUUCGGAGACAGAUGCGGAUCCCCACAAUGCCAUCCGAGGCUUCUUCUUUUCUCACAUUGGUUGGCUCCUGGUGCGGAAACACCCGGACGUCAUUGAAAAAGGGCGCAAGUUGGAGCUCAGCGACCUGAAGGCUGACAAAGUUGUAAUGUUUCAAAGGAAGUACUACAAGCUGUCUGUGCUACUCAUGUGCUUCUUCAUCCCCAUGUUUGUGCCUUGGUACCUGUGGGGGGAGACCCUCUGGGUGGGGUACUUCAUCCCUGCUUUGCUGAGGUACACCUUGGUGCUCAACGCCACCUGGCUAGUCAACAGUGCUGCUCACCUGUGGGGGAAUAGGCCCUACGACCACAACAUCAACCCCAGAGAGAACAAGUUUGUCACUUUCAGUGCCAUAGGUGAAGGAUUUCAUAACUAUCACCACACGUUCCCAUAUGACUAUGCAACAAGUGAGUUUGGCUGCAAGUUAAACCUUACCACUUGUUUCAUCGACUUCAUGUGUUUCCUGGGCCUGGCCAAGGAAUGCAAGAAGGUGUCCAAGGAAGUGGUGUCGGCCCGAGUCCAGCGCACGGGUGACGGAAGCAAUAGGAAUGGCUAAGAGAACUGCUGUGAAAUUGAAAAAGAAACAAGAUUAAACCAAUGACACGUAUAGUGUAAUUUAACUAUCAUGUAGCUAGUCACGGUGGCGUACUCCUUUUUGAGCUAUACAUUUUCAUAGUUCUGAAGUUGAAUGUUAGCCUCUGAGGGGACUUGGACCAUUUAACUUUUUGGUUCUUUUCAGCUGCAGUCAUAUGAAUAGGCCCGGAAGGUAAAGUCACAUCUUUUUGUCCGAAGCGCCUAGUGUAGUAAUCACUCCAGCUUUUCUUUACUGGUUGGAUCAUGGUCUCAUGAACUGAAAUAGCUCAAAUGUCAAUAGUGCCCCAGUGCGGUAAAGGCAAUGAUUGGACAAAUGUUCACGUCUUUAGGACUGCAGUGAAAGAAAUGGUUACUUAUUUUCUAUUGUUAUCAGCGGUCAAUGGUUGCUUAUUAUUAAUAAAGAACAGCACUGAAACAUGUAAACCAUGUUCCAUUUAAUUGGAUAUAUUGUAUGGUAUCUAUUUCAAUGCCAUUGCCUUUGUUUUUCUUCAACAUUGUUACAGUUUACAGCAAAGUGUUUACAGUAAACAUGUUCUCUUUGUGGUUGUAACUAUAGAGGGCGUUUUAGUACGUAAACUGCCAAAAUUACUGAAUUACUAUCAUGAGUGACAAAAAGGGUGUGGUGAGAUACAAAUGGGGAAAAAGAGAACUACAAGUCUUUAAACCUAGGAUAACCUGUAACUGGUCCAGUUGGAUUUGGGUAAAUGGCAAAAAAAAAUCUAAUGUCAGAUAUUCUAAGGUAUGGUAUGUGCUCUAGCAUCACAAAUUUACUUAGAACUAUUUAAAUGGGAAAAUAUUCAAUUCUAUGUAACAAUGGGGCUUUCAAUGAGAUGAUUGCCAUCCUUUUUUCUACAGCAUACUGGCACAAGAGAACAAAAAAAACUUUUAAAAAAAAUCAAGUAAUCUUUCUGUUAAGGAAUUUAAUCAGCCAAAUUUACUAUGUAUCAAGAGUAAACUAUUGUCUUAAAUUAUGUGAACUGCCAUUUGGUGUAUUUCUUCCAUACCUUUAAACAUAGCAUGGAAAUGUGAUUGAUUUCUUGUUUUUUGGUGACGUUUCCAGAAUGUGCCAAUGGUUGGACCUUUUACAGCCUUGCCAUCAACCAUUUAGACAUUGUAGCUAAAUUUUGCUUUUCUCAUUCUGCAAUAUUGUACAGGUUAUUCGGUGUGGCCUUUGUCAUUUUUCAUGACAAUUUUGGCUUUUCUCUCACUGCUAAUUUGUUAUUUUCUUGUGAAAAAUAUAGUUACAGCAUGGAGAAGACCACAUUAUGCCAUAAAGCAUUGAGUUGUUUCACAGUACAUUUAUCAAGAUUGUUCAAGGUCAAUUCUGGUUGUAUGUGAAUUGAAAUUGAUUCUCUGUGUUUGUGUUUAUUAUUAGUAUUUAUGGUUUAUUUACAAAAACAAAUCCUUGCAUUUUGGAACUUAUUACUGAUCUUGCACAUUCUGUGGAUGGGCCAUUAAAGAGAAGCCUUUUACUUGUCUAAGGAUGAACAAACACCCAACUAAGUCAGGAUACAACUACCCAAUGCCUUAUGACUUGCAUCCAUUCCUGAUCCUGUGACAGAGUACCAUCAAUAUGUGAAAAGAAUUAGGAAAGAUCAAUGACAAUUCAUUGAAUGCCAGAUUAUCCCUUAUUUAGAUAUGUACGUUCCCCAUUUUCAAUUAAAUGUUAAUGAGAGGUGCAAUCAAGGUUUGAGAAAGCAUGUGGACAGUUUACAUGUCUACAGCAUCUUAAAGUGCUUGUUGAACAAAAAUACCCAAAAUUUGGCCAUAAUACUACAAGCCAUGCAUAUAUUACCCUUGUUGUUUUCAACUAUCCGAAACAGUAUUUGUUUUGUCAAGUUCUGGGGAGUAAAAGGCCGUUCUUCUGUUCUGAUAAAUGUCCAAUAUUAAAUAUUUUCUGAAGUAAAAUUCAGAGAUAUUUUCAAUGAACUUGUAAUA